CACAUGAUUUGAGAAUCAAGAGUUUCGAGGUUCUGAUAAGAAGUGUAACUCUUUUUUUUCAAGAAGUGUCUUUAUUCAAAAGUUGUAGUUCCUCCAAUAUCAACUGAUUACUGUAUGUCUUCUUUCAUCAAUAGUUGAAUGUUGAGAAAGCAGUUUUUAAACAAUUUUAAGGGGCAUUAUGUUUUGAGAGGAGGAUAAAAAGAGGACCUAAUGGACAGUGAAGCAAAAAAAGAAGUUAAAAAAGGUUGAUUAAGAUGGACAUGAAGAUGAGGAUGAGGAUGGGGAUGAUGAAGAUGAUGGUGAUAGUAAAGACGGUGAUGGUGAGGAUGGUGACGGGGAAGAUGGUGAGGAUGAUGAAAAUAGUGAUAGUGAUGGUGAGUAAUUCUGUACCAAUACUUUUCCAUCAUCAUUUGGCCCCCUCCUUCUCCUCUCCUUUCACGUUUCAACUCCUCCUUUUCACCUCAACCCUGAAUUGGGCAUUGCUUAAAUUCACUUGAUAUCGGCUUACCUGAUUCAUUUGAGAAUCAGUUGCAGUUUGCGGUGAGUCUGUCGUCAAUAUACUGUUUACUUAUAAAUAUUGCUAACAAGACAAAAAAAAGCAAAACUUGUCUUCAAGUGUUACAGUGUGUUCAGUCAGCGGAGUCUGUUGUUUGCUUCAACAAGGUUUAAAAAGAACUGUCUCUUCUUUUAAAGUGUCCAAGUGUUCAGUGGAGUCUUGAAUCCAUCCCAUCAAAUAAUUCCAAAUGAAUUCCAUCGUUUUUUUCGUACCACUUUUUUUCAUCUUAAUCUCAGUGCCAAGCAGUUCUACCCAAGGAACAGGGGGACUAGCAGUCUUCAGUUCAGCCUCGGAAACCCAGCCAGACUCAAAGCCAUCAUGGCAACUCAUCUUCCGUAAUAUUGGACUUGGGAGCAUGACUGACCCUGUUUUCAACGUCCUUAAACGACGAUGGGACUCCAUCAGAGCCAAUCCUUUCAUCCAAGCUUUACUGGUACAGACUACGGGAUCAGGAAGUCAACCAUCUGCUCAACCAGCUAUGAGAUACGCAAGGAGCAUCAGCCGACAAAUCAACAGAAUUAAGCAAAACCAAUGAUGGACAUGUUCAAAUUGUCUUUUGACAAAAUAUAAUAAAAUAAAAAAAUAAAAAAAAAAUCAAUAAAAUACUCGAAACAAAACUAUUGACUGAAAAU